AUGCAAAUCCUCACGCUAAUGCCGGUGAUCGCGGCGAAUGGAUCGCUGGCGGGAUCAUUUGGUGCUGCCCCGUUCCAGACCGACGAUGAGCACGUCCACGAGGAGGACGAAGACACACCAACCGUGGCCAAAGUCACCUCGAUGGUGGUGCUGUUCAGCGUGAGCAUGGUGUGUGGAUUGGUCCCAUUCAAGCUGGUCCGCUGGUUCAACCUGAAUCCAUCCUCCCCCUCCGGUGGGACGCAUCUCUUCCUCAUCCGGCUGCUGUUGUCCUUCGGUGGUGGAGCACUGCUCAGCACAACCUUCCUGCACUUGCUGCCCGAGAUCAACCACUCGAUCGAGGCGCUCGUCGAAACGGGCGCAUUACCACAUCCGGACGAUCUGCCGUUCCCGCUCGGGGAGUUCCUACUGACGAGUGGGUUCUUCCUGAUCUACCUCACCGAGGAGCUCGUCCACUGGUGGAUGCAUCGACGAUCGGCCAACGCCCGUGCUGCCCGGGAAGCUCGCCUCCAACCGACGGAAAAGUCUGGCCCACUCGGUGGAGGAGGAACGGUGAUGCUCGAGGAAGCGUACAAACACGAUCACGCCCAUGGCCAUUCGCAUCUGCCGGCCGGUAAUGUGACGGCCGUGUUUCCGGUGUCCGAUCUGGACGGUGCACCCGUUCCGAUCCCUACCGCUGGAGGGCCCGUGCCAUCGCCCCAAGCGAACAAUGGACCACUGCGAGGAUUGCUGAUCGUGCUGGCGUUGUCGAUCCACGAGCUGUUCGAAGGACUCGCGGUCGGUUUGGAACGAUCGCCGUCCGCCGUGUGGCUGCUGUUUGGUGCCGUCGCCUCGCACAAAUUCGUGAUUGCGUUCUGCGUGGCGUUCGAGCUGCUGGUUGCGUCCGUACGGUUUCGCAUCGCGGUUGCGUACAUUUUCGUGUACUCCGUUGUCAGCCCGAUCGGGAUCGGUAUCGGGAUCGCGCUUAGCUCGGUUAGCUCGGACACGAACCAAACGAUCGAGGUGGUGUCCGUGGUGUUGCAGGGGCUCGCCAGUGGGACGCUUAUUUACGUGAUCUUCUUCGAGAUCCUCGCCAAGGAUGCCGGCCACAGCCACGGUGGUGGUGGAGGAGAUGGAGGCGGCGGCGCUGGUGGGGGUGGCAGUGGUGAGCAUGGUGGAGCCGCCCAUCAACAUAAUGUGUCGCCCACGAGCGGGCUGUGGCAGUUCCUGGCGGUGUUGGCCGGAUUCGGGUUGCUGCUGGGCAUCAAGGUUGCAACCGGACACAGCCACGAUCACGGUCACGGUCACCAUGAUGACCAUGAUGAUCACGAUCACUGAUCAACCGAGCGGCGAACGGACGAAAAACGAUAUUAGGCGAUGAUCGGCUGAUCGCGAGUUGGCGAAACGCGCCCAUUCCUGAUAGUAUUAUUACAUCGUAACGUUAUCAUAAUUGUCCGCCUGUGUAAUGCCGUUUACCGGCGGUUCGAUAGCACACGUGCCUUCC